AUGCAAAUAUUGAUCGAUACUGGAGCCACCAAUACUUUCAUCAAUUAUAAAACAUUACAGUCUAUUAAUCAAUCCACAAAUCUAAAUAAACAUUCCUCUUCUUUUGUUCUUGCUGAUGGUAUAGCCCCAUUUCAUGUUCUAGGUGUAGUUGAAUUACAAAUAUUAUUUUCUGAUCAAAUAACAACAAUAUCGGCUCAUGUAGCUCGAAAUCUAUGUACUGAUGUAAUCUUAGGUAUGGAUUAUAUAACCCUAUACAAUCUUAAGUUUAAUAUCCGUAAACAAAUAGUUUCUAUUGACUUGAAUAAUCGUCAGUACCAAAUGAAAACCAAUCAGAAUGUACAAACCGAAUUUAUUCCUGUUACUCUAUCCGAUUCGUUAUAUAUUCCUCGUCAAUCAAAUCGUUUUGCUAAAGUAUCUAUUCCUAUUUCAUCCAUCAGUUCACAUUUCAUUCCUUAUUAUCAAUUUUCUCUAUGUAAUACGUCAUUUAUUCCACAUAAGUUUCUUGAAUUUCGUAAUCAUUUUUCACGUGUUACAUUUUCUAAUACUUCACCUCGACCACAUUUUGUUCCUCGAGGAACUCGUAUUGGAUAUCUAUGUCAUUAUGCUAUUACUCAACCUAGUACAAAACGUUUUAAUCAUUGUAAGAAGUCAUGUGGUGUCACCAAUGCACUUGGUGAAUCACCAGAUUUUCAUGCUUCAAAUAAUAAUACGUGUACGAAUAAUCAAAUUCAAGACCCUCUCUGUUGUGCUACAGUUAACCAAAUCCAUCCCUCAACUGAAAGAGAUAUUCAUCAGUUAAUUAGUAAAAUACAUGUAAAACAACAACGAGAUGACCUUCUUCAACUUCUUUUCCGUUUUCAUAAAAUAUUCGAUACUACUAAACAUAAUAUAGCUAAUACCCCUAUCCAUCAUGUCAUUAAUACUAUCCCACAUUCACCCCCUGCUUGUAAACCCUACCCACAACCUGACACGGUCGAGAUAAUGUAUAAUAUGAUUCAAGAAUUCCUAAAGGCUAAACUAGUAGCUGAAUCUCAUUCUCCGUAUGCGGCACCCGCCUUCUUAGUUAAAAAACAUGAUGGUACACAUCGUUUUGUAGUUGACUAUAAGAAGUUAAAUCUAAUCACCAUCAAAGAUUCGUCACCUUUACCAAACAUGGAAGAUACUAUACAAAAACUAGGGCAAGGUUAUAAAUACUUCUCUAAAUUGGAUCUUAAAUCUGGUUUCUAUCAAAUCCCUAUCAGAGAAGCUGAUAAGGAAAAAACCGCUUUCACCACUCCAUUCGGUCUUUUUCAAUUCAAUGUCCUUCCAAUGGGACUUAAGAAUUCCCCACCUACUUUCCAGAAGGUUAUGACUAAUGUAUUAACACCCUGUCGUCAAUUUGCUCUCGUUUAUCUCGAUGACAUCAUUGUCUUUUCCGAAACAUAUGAUGAUCAUAUUUCACAUUUAACCCAAGUAUUCAUAGCCUUAAGUAACCGAAAUUUCGUUUUAAAUCCAUCUAAAUGUGUUCUAUUAGUAUCAGAAAUAAAUUACCUAGGUCACACGAUUAGCGCGAAGGUAGUUACACCUAUGAAAGAAAAAAUACAAGCAAUCCUUGAUAUUAAGGAACCCCAUCUUUUAUCUCAAGCCAAUAAGUUUCUUGGUGCUCUCAGCUGGUAUCGUAAGUUCUUACCUAAUUUUGCCACUAUCGCAGCCCCCAUACAUGCUGUAACAAAUCUCACUAAAAAUAAUCGCCAUAAAUUUCAUUGGAGAUUUGCACAAAAACAAGCAUUUAAACAACUUAAAGAACGUUUAAUAUCUACACCACUCUUUUUACAUUUUCCUAUAGAUGAUAAACCUUUAAUCUUAACAACAGAUGCUAGUGGCAUUGGUAUAGGAGGCGUAUUACAACAAGAAGUAGAUGGAUAUUUACAUAAUUUGUACUAUCAUUCACAAUUAUUGACACCUUGUGAGAGAAAGUAUAGCACCAUAGAAAAGGAAGCUCUCGCUAUAUAUAAAUGUUUUGUCCGUAUGAGACCACUUCUGUUAGGCCGACAAAUUACGAUAAUGACCGAUCAUUGUCCAUUAUGUCAUAUAAUGACAAAAACAGUUAACAAUGCAAGAGUAGAUCGAAUUUCAACGUUAAUUCAAGAAUACAAUAUUGAUAGAGUAGUUCACAUUCAUGGACGUCAAAAUUGUUUACCUGAUUAUUUGUCUCGAUAUCCCCGUGAACAAAAUGAUGAACUAUUUGAUAUUGAAUAUGGACUUGUCAGUAAAACAAAUUCUGCACCAAUAACAUCUUCAACAAAUAAUAUAGUAGCUAGCAUGACCUUACGCCCACGCAACAAUAGAGGAAACUAUAACAAAUCUUCUUCAUCUAAUGACAAUGGAAAUAUAUAUAAUAACAAUCUACCAUGUCAUUCUAACACACCUGAUCAAUUAAUGAAAACUCACAUAACUUCCACCUUUUCCACUAAUAAUUUUGACAUUACGAAGUUGAAAGAUGAACAACAGAAAGAUCCACUUAUACAGAAAUGUAUUACACAAGUACGCUCAAAUCCACAAAGCAUGCCAUUUAAAAUAAAGAAUGAUAUUCUUUAUAAAGUAAUUAUCCCCUUUCGUUUAUCAAAAACAAAAAUUGAAGUAAUUUAUCUCCCCAACUCCAUGAUUUCCUCACUCCUUCAUGCAUGUCAUAACGAUCCUAUGUCUGGGGGACAUUUUUCUGUUGAUCGUACGUAUAGCAAACUAAGAAAACAUUACUGGUGGCCUCAUAUGAAAUAUUCUAUAAAACAAUAUAUAAAGUCCUGUCUUUUAUGUCAACAAUAUAACAUUGGGCGCCAGAAAAAACCUGGACGACUUAGUUCAAUUUCACCUCCCGAGGGUCCCUUUCAGGUCAUCGGUAUGGAUUUUUGUGGUCCCCUUAAAAGAACACCACGUGAAAAUCGUUAUGUAUUAAUAAUAACCGACUAUUUCACUCGACAUGUUGUAGCUAUUCCCUUACCUAAUUGUUCUGCUGAAAAAACUGCUGAAGCCUUAUUCAAUGAAUAUUUUUGUAAAUUUGGUGUACCUUCCUUAAUUAUAACCGACCAAGGAUCUCAUUUUCGUAAUCAGUUACUGUCUAAUAUGCGCUUGUUGAUUGGAUAUAAUCACAUUUAUAGUACUCCGUAUCAUCCACAGACAAAUGGAAUAGUAGAAAGAUUUAACAGUACAUUCAUUCCACAAAUCUCUAAAUUGCAAGAUUCCGAAAAUAAUAACUGGGAUGAAUAUUUACAAGCAGUUGUUUUUGCUUAUAACUCUGGAACGCACAAAACAACUAAAUAUUCGCCUUAUGAAUUACUUUACGGCCGCUCUCCUCACCUUCCCUUUCAUCCGAAACCAUUUCAUUUCUCCUUUCAACAACCCAAUGACUAUUUCGAACAACUAAAAAAGACACUGAAACUUUAUCAUCAGGCAACUAGAUUUAAUAUCAUACAACAACAGGCUCGAAAUAAGAUAUAUUAUGACAGAAAUCGUACAGAUCCCAUUUACAACAUUGGUGAUAGAGUUCUUACACGAGUUCAUGGUAUAAAAGGAAAACUCGAUCCUAUAUUUUCUCCAACACCGAAAGUCAUCAUCCACACAUCUCAUCCUAUUUACAUUGUUCGUGAUGAACAAAAAAAUAUAGAAUCACGGGUCCAUGUCUGUGACUUGCGACAUAUAAUUGUCGAUUAA